AUGUCCUGUCUUCUCGUUUCAGCUAACCUGCGGGAGACCUCAAGAGAGGUCAAAGUCGAGACGAGCAAGAAACUCACCUCAGGCUUCGAGGAACAGUCAGCUGCUAAUGGUCUACUAACCUGGUUCCACAUUAUGCUGGGAAUCGCCAUUUUCGUCUGCAUGACCCUCCUCUUCGUCUUCCUCGCAAUCAUCCUUCAUCGGUGA